AUGGAGGAAGAUUCAUUUAAGAACAGAUUGCUUAAACGUAAUAUCGACAUAUGGAUAGAAAAAUAUAGACCUGAGUACCUUGAUGAUGUAGUAGGAAACCCCUUUGUCAUAAAUACAUUAAAAAGUAUUAUCGUGUCUGGGAAUAUGCCUAACUUGCUCUUAGCUGGUGCCCCGGGGACAGGAAAGACGACGAGCAUCCUUUGUCUAGCUAGCGAAAUGUUAGGAAGUCAGGCGAAGAAAGCGGUUCUAGAAUUAAAUGCGUCAGAUGAUAGAGGAAUUAAUGUAAUAAGAGACAGAAUAAAAAGUUUUGCAAAAGAAGUUAUAAGUUUACCCCCAGGAAAACAUAAAAUUAUCAUAUUAGAUGAAGUAGAUUCUAUGACAACAGCAGCUCAACAAUCAUUAAGAAGAAUUAUGGAAUUAUAUUCUGAUACCACACGAUUUGCAUUAGCUUGUAACCAAUCAGAGAAAAUAAUAGAUGCACUUCAAAGUAGAUGCGCAAUCAUAAGAUAUUUCAAGUUAUCAGAUGAUCAAGUUUUAAAAAGAAUUGUAAAAAUUUGCGAACUUGAAAACAUCAAGUAUACAGAUGAUGGAUUAGAAACUCUUACUUUCAUAGCAGAUGGAGAUUUAAGAAAAGCAGUGAAUUGCUUACAGUCAACGUAUGCUGGAUUAGAGGUUAUAAAUAAAGAAAAUGUUUUAAACAUAUGUGAUAUUCCUUCCCCAGAAAGAGUAGAGAACUUGUUAAAAUACUGUAUCAGUAGUGAAUGGAAAAAAGCACAUGACAUUGCUUACGAUAUGAUACGAGAAGGACACACCCCUUUUGAUGUUGUAUUGACAUCAUCAAAUGUUUUAAGGAGAUAUGAUUUGGGUUCUGAGACUCUACAGAUAGAGUUCUUAAAAAUUGGAGCCAUGGCUUGUAACACCAUGGCUAGUGGAUUGGCUACUGUAAUACAACUGGAUAAAUUACUAGCUGAUUGGUGUAUGGCUGCCAAAGCACUUAGAGCUAAGUGUUAG